AGAGAUAGAGAGAGAGAGAGAGAGAGAGAGAGAAUUAGAAAAAAAAAAAGAAAAAGAAAAAGAAAAAAAGAAAGAAAAAUCCCCAAACCCGAAGCGCUGCUCUUCGUCCUCCUCUCGAUCCUCUUCGCCCUCACCACCGCGGAGAGGGAGAAAUGGAAACCCUAAUGGUGGAUCGAAUCCACAGUAGCCUCCGCCUCUUCAUGCACCGCAACGCCAUUUUCCUCUGCGAGCGCCUCUGCGCCGAGUUCCCCUCCGAGCUGAAUUUGCAACUGCUCGCGACUUGUUACUUGCACAAUAAUCAGGCGUACUGUGCGUAUCACAUUUUGAAAGGGACGAAAUUGCCGCAGUCCCGCUACUUGUUUGCGGUCUCAUGUUUCCAGAUGAAUCUACUUUCCGAGGCAGAAUCAGCAUUGUGUCCACCCAAUGAGCCAAAUUCAGAGGUUCCUAAUGGAGCAGCUGGACACUAUCUUCUUGGGCUCAUUUACAGUUACACUGGCAGAAGGCUGGCUGCUGUCGAUCACUUUAUGCAAGCUCUGGUUGUAGACCCUCUUUUUUGGGCUGCAUAUGAGGAAUUAUGUAUUCUAGGUUCUGCAGAAGAGGCAAAUGAAUGUUUUAAUGAUGCAGCUGCUAUACGUGUCCAGCAGCAGUAUUCAGCUGAGUCAAGUUUGCAGAAAUUGAAUUUGGCUAAUGACAAUGGAGUUCUACCUUCUAACUUGGGGGAUACAAGCCCUAGAAAAUCAAAACAGCUUUAUUGUAAUAACACAAGAGAUAUACCUGCUCAUCCUUAUGGUAUGGCUACAUCAGCAUUGCAGCAAGGAAACAGCAUGCCUUCUAGUGUAGCACAGUAUGACACGCCAUCUCCAACAGUAACACAGCUUUCUGGAGUAGUUCCACCGCCUUUAUGCAGAAAUGCCCAGAUAUACUUGAAUGCAAUGGGUGGCGAAGUCACUACCAGGUUGAAUGUAAAUGCAGCAAACCAAGUGCCUAGAAGAAAGUAUGUGGAUGAAGCAAAACUACGUAAGGUCUCUGGGAGAUUAUUCUCUGAUUCAGGACCUCGAAGAAGUACAAGACUCUCUGGAGAAGCAACAGCUAAUACAAACCUAAAUGUCUCACAAGUUGGAGGGAAUGGAGUGAAUCACUCCUCUGCUAGAUUUUUGGGAGGAUACUCUACAUCGUCAUCAUCAAAGAUGAGUUCAGCAGCGCAGCGCUCCGUGACAGUUAGGAAAGGCCAAACAUUAUCAACUGAAAAUUUUGAUGAAGGGAGGAGACAUGAAGUUUUUGAUGAUUUGCUGCGGCUGGAUAAUACAGCAACAACUUCAUCCGCCGCAUCAAAUGUGGCUGACGGUAGAUGGCCUGCUCAAGAUAGGUCUGGUGGAAUAUUGGCUCAGGAUUCGCGAUUGAUGGAUGGUAUUCGGGAUCUUUUGGGCCUUUUGCGUACUCUAGGGGAAGCCUUCAGGCUUUCCUGUUUGUAUAGAUGCCAGGAUGCAUUGCAAGUUUACUCAAAACUUUCAGAGAAGCAAUUUAAUACUGGAUGGGUGCUCUCCCAGGUAGGGAAAGCACAUUUUGAACUGGUUGAUCAUUUUGAGUCUGAUCGGUACUUUGAAUUAGCUCGACGACUAUCACCAUAUACUUUGGAGGGAAUGGACAUAUACUCCACUGUACUUUAUCAUUUGAAAGAGGAAAUGAAGUUAAGUUACCUUGCUCAAGAGCUUAUUUCAGUUGAUCGAUUAUCUCCCCAGGCAUGGUGUGCAGUAGGAAACUGCUAUGCCUUGCAGAAAGAUCAUGAGACUGCGUUAAAAACCUUUCAGCGUGCAGUGCAUCUGGACCCGAGAUUUGCCUACGCUCACACCCUUUGCGGCCAUGAGUAUGUUGCCUUGGAGGAUUUUGAGAAUGGGAUAAAGAGCUACCAAAGUGCGCUUCAGGUUGAUGAAAGACAUUAUAAUUCCUGGUAUGGCCUUGGGGUAUUAUACCUUCGUCAAGAGAAGUUUGAGUUUGCCGAGCAUCAUUUCCGAAGAGCGCUUCAUAUAAACCCGCGCUCUUCUGUUCUUAUGUGUUAUUUAGGGAUGGCAUUGCACGCAUUGAAGAGAAACGGUGAUGCGCUGGAGAUGAUGGUACAGGCGAUCUCGGCCGAUAGGAAGAACCCACUUCCCAUGUAUCAGAAGGCUCAGAUACUUCUUAGCCUAGAGAGAUACGAAGAAGCCUUGGAGGAGUUGGAACAUCUAAUUGCGUUUGCUCCUCGUGAGAGCAGCGUGUAUGCAUUGAUGGGCAACAUUUAUAAGCAACUUAACAUCCACGACAAGGCAAUGUUCUAUUUUGGCCUUGCCUUGGAUUUGAAGCCUCCUGCUGCCGAUGUUGCCAUGAUUAAGUCGGCAAUGGAGAAGCUAUACCUACCAGAUGAAUUAGAGGGGGAUCUAUGAACCCCACAAAGCAAUUAAAAGGAGCAGAAAGAGAGUGUUUCGUAUGCUCAUAGCUCGGCCCUGCUUGUGCUUUCGAGUGAUCUGGAACAAAGAUGUCGGAUCAUUCUGAGUAAUAUCUCGGUCACUCGUCACGAGAAGGCAGGUUCGCACUGAUUAAUUUCCAGUUUUGUAGCUUUAGUUGUGUGGAUGAGAGGACUAGGUAAAAUCUUCAGGCGGAGCGGCUCAAAAUUAGCACAUGGACAAGUAGCUGCAUUCAAGAUUGUGCCCUAGUGCUUGUAACAAUUGUUUUAUUAUAGGGAUCAUGCAGUAGAGUAGGCAAUAAUGAACAUAUUUUAGAAGGAACUACUUUUAAAUUCACAUACCCUUGUCAGGGCGGACGCAAGUAGUGUAAUCUUUGUACUGUGAAAAAAAAAAAUUAUACGCAUGUGAAUUAAUCGUGUUUUUCGUAUGCCAUGGUGUAUAAAACACUGUCACACAACAUGCUUUUUGCUUUUUCGCAAGUUCUUGGAUAGCAUAGUUUGUAUGAUGUUAGAUGUAUUAAACACUGUUGGGUGAAGCACAGUGAAGGAAAUUUCAUCAAAUUUUAUUCAGCUAGUA